AUGCCUUUUUUGCCGCAGCCGUGCCACACCAUUCAUUUCCAUUUUUAUCGCCAAUUACCCAAGGGUAGCGUUUGCUGCCACACAAAGCCCGCCAUGAGCCGCAUCCUUGACAAUCCCGCACCCCGGCCGCCACGGCCAUCUCCCCGGUUCAGUGCGGUCCCACGUCGAGCUAUUGCUACUCCAUUGCUACUCCAUUGCUACUCCAAACGACGACUCGAAAAUAUACCACAUCCCAACACACCCCCUCUACCGUCAGGUCCACUGUCAGAGUCAACCCCUCUCACGCCCCCCGACAAUUGCGCUCGAGCCACGGAAAGAAGCGUUCAAAGUAUCCGCUGCUCCUCGGCACAAGCGCUUCAUCCCCGUCCGUCAGCCUCUUUCUAUACUCCCUCCAGUCCCAAUAUUGCACCUCAUCCACCUCCUCCUUUUGCAGCGUAA